AUUUUAUACUGUUAUUGAAAUAUAAAUACAUCGAGUCUCCAAGGUCUCCUUCUACUGUGCUUAACCAACCUUGUUGAAAACAUACCAAAAGAACGAUCUAUAAAUAAGUAGUCUGGCUGAACGGAAGUGGACAGCGUCUAUUGCCUAGCGUCGGAUUUGGCCGCGACUCCUCCCCUUCCGGUUGCUGGCAUUUCCCCCCGCUGAGACCUACUCUUACUAAGGAUGAAUCACAAAGAGUGACCUAAGAGUGACGCACCGUUGCUAUGGUUUACGUCAAUUCUCGUGCACGAGUUUAGAAGCGGUCAGUUCGGUGAUUGGUUGUUCAGACGAGCCCACUAAAUCACAGAAAAACAAGGAAAUAGCCUAGGCUAGAAAUGAAUUCCUAUUAAGUAGUUAUAGUGCAGCUAGCAGAAUACACACAUGAUGACAAGUUUGUGCAGACUAAUGACGUUGUAGCCUGCACGUUCAAGAGAGAGAGAGAGAGAGAAAGCAAACAAUAAAAAUACGUACAAUUGAAAAAUUGAAAGAAAAUAAAUGUUAUGAACUACGCAAAUGUGUGUUCACUGAUUUGUGCCAGGGUGUUUACCUAAAAUGUGUAUUCACAAAGUGAUCCCUAAAUCCCAGUCCACUCGGUUCCACACGGCCAAAUUCAUUGUCAUGUUAAUCGCCAUCAUCAUCGUGGUCAUCGUCCUCUUCAUCGUCGUCGUCAUCAUCAUCAUUAUCGUCUGGCUGUAGAAUGUCCCUCCGCUUGCAGAGGUUGUGUAGAAUGCACAUACAGUGAUGACUGUGCUUGCCCUCUCUGGGGUGAGGCGUAUUUAGCCGUGGAGGACAUGAAACCGACGUUUCAUCUGCCCAAUUCCUCUCUCCACAACAUUUUGUGUAUGUUUGUGUGCUCUAACAUAUAUGGAGGAAAACGGUAAACAAUAAUAAAUAACGAUUCAACAAAUAAAAGGCGUCAAAGAGCCAAUACGAUGUGUUAUACGCAUAGGACUGAGCGUAAUCUGCGCAAUCACUUACAUGUUAUACUUUAACUGUGCUCCCGGUUGUGGAUUGAGGUAGGGUGUCAAGAGCCACGUCUUGCAGGGAUAGCCACUGUCACCCAGCAAGUGACACCCAACUCCUACAUGGUGCCUCUCAAAAAGCUGCCACAGACCGCUCUCCAUUUAAAUGCGCGAAUCAUGGGUAGCUCCAGGCCACUUUGCAACAACAUCCAGCAGGCUAUGUUAAAAUUUGCAUCAAAAACAACCUGCGUGUUGAUGGAACACCUGGCAUACCUGCAACUGCCAUGAAGUUGGCUUUAAUCCUCCUGUGUAAUUGUUGAAUGUCCAAAGGAAACCGGAUAAACUGUUGGAUGAUAUGUGGUCUAGAGAGCGCGUUGAUAGUUUGGUUUAUGGCACGGCUGACUGAUGGUUGUGAUAUUCUUAAAUCGUCGGCAUUGCAAAGUUGCAUUUUCCCUGUUGCUAAAUAACGUAGUGUUGCCAAACAUUUUAUUUCGGGACUAAUCAGAUUAUUCCUGUUUGUCGGGGAUGUUAUUGCAUCCCGCACCAACUCCACAACAAGUUUAAUACCCUCACGAUUUAGCCUAUAUCUCUUCAUUAACACAGUCUUCCAUUGUCUCCAGCCAUUUUACGAUUCUUUGUGAAUAGGUCUUACUGAGUUAGGAGUCCUCUUGAGGACCUUUAAGCUCUCCUAGACUUAGGUGCUACUUUUAGGCCUAAAAUACUUUGUGAAUUGCUCUUAGUGAUAAAAGUUAGGAGUCAAAAAUGUAAGAGUGACACGCCCAUUAUUUUUAGGAGUUACUCAUAAAUUCGCCAGUUAGGACCUACUUUAAGCCCUAAGAUCCUUUGUGAAUACGGCCCCUGAUCUUUACAAUCAGGAUGAAACUUAACACUGAAUUGUGCACAAAAUAGUAAUACUACGAAAGAGACCGAGGGGGGUAAGGGCUCUCAACCUGAAUGUUGGAGAAGAAGGCUACCUAGUUAAGUUUCAUGAGAUCUUGAAAUAAGAUAAAGGACGGAACGUGCUUGGGUCGGGCUCAUAACUGGGGGGUUUGUUUACCAGUGACAGAAAUCCAAGGGGAGGGCAAGAGUUAUAUUGCUUUCAUAGAAAUUCUUGGAUCACAAAACAAUCCACUACUUCACCCAAAAACUCAAACAUGGCAAAUGCAUUAAAUAUGAUAUUAAAAUAAUAUUAAGAUUAUGAAUUUGUCAAUGCUACUCAACAAAAGAAACUUGGUCACAGAGCACAGUUGAACGUACCAAUAUUCAAAUGAUUCCCAACCUGAAUUUAAAAGGAAAAUGUUGUGCUAAUGGGCCCUGAUGUCAUUGACAGGUAACAAAACCAUCUAGCAGCACUUCCUGUUUAUUUGGACACAUAAACAGGCUCUGACCCUACAACCAUCACAACCACCAUGUUGACCGAUAAACACAAAGCGGCAGCUAACCCUGGGCAACCGAAGGGGGACCCCGUGAGUCGACUUCUGUCCAGGCGUGCCCUCAUCUUCUUUCUCCUCGCACUCUCUGGUCUCAUCUUCCUGUUGCGCAACAUUCUCACUCUGGAGAACCUGAGCUACAACACCGCGUCUAUGCUUUUUCAGCCCCAGAACAGCAGCCACCCUGCCUUAGCCCAGAAGGGACCCCUCCCUCCGUACAAGAACCACACCAUCUGCAGCCACCUGGAGCCCACCCCCGACGAAGCCCUGGAGGACCGCGCCCUCCUCGACGCCAUCGUCUGGCCCAAGCCCCCCGCCCCCACGUCCCUCAACCAGACCAGUGACCCCGUCCACAGCCUGUUCGCCAUUCUGCCCUCCAAGGGCGGGAGGGAGCGGCGUGUGGGGGACCAGCUUGAGGCCCUGGUCCAGAUGCAGGACUUCCAGGGCCGUCCCAAGCACUACGGGGGGGACUUCCUGGUGGCACGGCUGCACUCCCCGAAGCUGGGGGCAGGAGUGGCGGGCACGGUGGUGGACCACCUCAACGGCUCCUACUCGGCACUGUUCCCCCUGCUGUGGGAGGGUCCGGCCCAGGUGACGAUCACCAUGGUGCACUCCAGCGAGGCGGUGGCCGUGCUGCAGCGGCUCCGGGAGCAGCGGUCCGACCGCUUCUUCUUCCGGAGUCUGUUUCGCUCGGGCAAGCUGUCUGAGAACACCGUGUGCAACAUGUGCCUGCCGCACAAUCGGCCACAGGAGCCGCUGUGCAACUACACAGACCUCCACACCGGAGAGCCCUGGUACUGCUUGAAGCCCAAGCGGCUGAGCUGUGACACCAGGAUCAACCAUUUCAAGGGAGGCUACAAGAAGGACCUCGUCACCAACAAAGAAGCGCUGCUCUUUCAGAGCCGUGUAAACAUCAAAGUUGUCAUCCAUGCGUCAGGACCUGAUCGGAUAGAUGUACUUCCAAAGAAGAUAGAUGACUCAGAGUUACGAAACCGCAGCAUCGAAGCAGGGCCGGUCAAGUACAAUCCUGCUGGGUAUUACUACAAAGGCUCCUGGAGGUCAUUCGAUGGAACACCUGUUCGCCAGUUUGACGCCAAAUCGAUCACCCAGUGCCUGACUGGCAAGGUGAUGAAUAUGUACGGAGACUCCACGAUGAGGCAGUGGUUUGAGUACCUCAGAGCGUUUGUACCAGAGUUCAACCUGCGCAGCACAUCGUGGACAGGGCCCUUAAUGGCGGUGGACUGUCAACACAACAUCCUGUUGAAUUACCGCUCUCACAACGUACCCAUCGGCUUCCCCACCAUCAUCGCCAGCGAGCUCCGCUACGUGGCCAACGAGCUGGACCGCUUGCCUGGAGGCCCCAACACCGUGGUGGCCCUCAGCCUCUGGGCCCACUUCAGCCCCUACCCCGUGGAGGUAUACAUACGCCGCAUGCGGCACAUCCGCCGGGCGCUGGAACGGCUCCUGGUCCGGGGCCCCGGCACCCUGGUGAUCAUCCGCUCACCUAACUUAAGGGCCCUGGACAAGGAGUACAGCCUGAACCACAGCGACUGGUUCUCGCUGCAGCUCGGCAGGGUUCUCAGGAACAUGUUCAUGGGCCUGGCUGUUGUGUUUGUGGACGCCUGGGAGAUGACCUUAGCCCAUCAUAGCCCCCACAAUAUCCACCCGCCCCCGGACAUCAUCAAGAACACGAUCAAUCUCGUCCUGACUCAGGUGUGUCCUGCAAAGAAGAGCUAGUGGAAGAAAGGGAGAAAAGUUGGAAGAGGUGUGCCGUCCAAGUGCUUGGAACAUCGUUGAUCUAUCAUGAUUCUCUUGCCAUGAACAAAUUAACUCUGUUUUGUUUGGUUAUUUUCUUUGGCAAUACAUGAGUCCCAAGAACCUGUUGCAUGUCUUGUGCUGUCUUACUUUUUUUUUUUUUUUUUUCACCUGUUCUCUGAUGGUUCAGUAAACCCACUUUCCCCAUCAUCUGUUAUUCCAGGUCAUUAUAAUUCCUCAACCACUCGCUCAUCUGCCGUCCAUAACACAGCCAUUUUUCAUCUGUGACAGCCCUCACUACCCCUAGACAAGGUGGUUGCAACAGAGAGUGUGGAUGAAAUGUGGAUGACAUUUUUCACUCAUUGGGCCAAUGGUGUCGCUCUUGCAAUCAUCCAAAAUGCAAACUUUGAAAAGCAAAUUUUUAAUCUGCGACGUUCGAAAACCCCAUGACGAAAAUGUUGGCAUGCCAGAAAUUUUGGGUAUCGCAAUGACAUAUCCAUUGUUGACAUGGAGGGAACCCCGCCACCAGUUGUGCGAGGGAAUCCCGCAAAUAGUCAUCAUAAAUCGUUUAAAAAAAACAAGACAUUGUGAAAAAAAUUAAAAUAAAAAAGACUAAACAAAACAAACAAAUAAUCAAAAUAGUGAUCAGUUAGACGUUGUGUGCGAGUUUGAACAGGUGAGUUUUGAGUUGUGACUUGAAGGUUGUAAUGGUGUCUGACUGUUUUAUGUGUGGGGGGAGGGAGUUCCAGAGCCCGGGUGCUGAACAGCUGAAUGACCGGGCACUAGGGAUGGGCAAAAUGAUUCUUUUCCGGGAACUAGUUCUUUCAGUUCAGUUCACUAUAACGAUUCGUUUAUUUGAUUCGUUCGUUUUGAUUCGUUCGUUACGUCAGAUUACAUCUUAAAAAAAAUUAAAAAUAAAAAAAUAAAAAUUAUAAUUUUUUUUUUUUUUAAUUGGUCGUUGGUCCGGAUAGGACCGUCAAGGCCGCAGUCCGCCGUUUGGAGAUGCCUGCCAUAUAGUAUGUCGAACGUCCCACCAAUAUUUAUACCACUUGCUUACUCUCUAUAUUUCAUUCAUGGUUUUACAUUUAUAAUUCUAUUUUACUUUACAUUUAAUUCUUCAUUGUUCAGGCAUUACAGAACUUGCAUGGUCAUAAAUAAAAAAUACGAACUGCAGUUUAAUUUCUUUGUUUGUUCUUAAAUUGACGUAGAAUGGAGCAAAGACUCCUGGGAUUGGGAAAUGUGUUUAUCCAAUAAACAGAUGGAGGUCAAGUCUAUUUUCGAAGAAAUGUAGGGGGAUAUAUGAGUCGAAUGGUAUGACCCAAGAUACGUCAGAGAGAGUAAGCGCGCAUAUUCGACGGUACCGCCUUGUCAUUGGUUUACCCAGGUGUCAUUCAAACA